CUCAGCCCAGCCCAGCCAAGCCCGGCUCGGCCAAGCCCAGCCGGGCCGCGGUGGCCGCCAUGCCGCGGUACUGCGCUGCCACCCGCUGCAAGAACCGCGGCGGCCGCAGCGCCAAGGACCAGCGCAAGCUCAGCUUCUACCCGUGAGUGGCCGCGGAGCGGGGCAGGGUCUGGGCGAGCGGUGGCCCUGCGGGUAGUAGUGAGCCCCUCCGCGGAAUGGCCGAAAGACUCAGCGCCACGGGUGCACCACCUUGCUGGUGGCCGCCUUGGAACCCCGCCUGCUCCCGGGAGGUUGCAGGGAAACGAAAGAUUCCCACUCCAUGAUAAAGAGAGGCUUGAGAAGUGGUUGCAGAACAUGAAGCGAAGCUCAUGGACUCCAAGCAAGCACCAGCUGCUCUGCAGUGAUCAUUUCACCCCCGAUUCCCUGGACGUGCGCUGGGGGAUCCGCUACCUGAAAAACACCGCUGUGCCAACUAUUUUCUCUUCCCCAGAUGAUGAGGAAAAAGAUUCUUCACAGAACAGUUCACAGCAGGUACAGAAAAAAGAUCAGGAAGAAACACAUGUUGUGUCAGAGAAAGUGUCUCUACCACUUGAAGCUUGUACACCAAAGAAAAGUUCUGUAAUUGCACAUAAUGUAGAGGAAAAGGCAGAAGUGGUUUGCUCAGGUGCACUGAGUGAACCUUUACAAAUUCAAAACCUGCAGCUUCCACAUGAAGGUGGCUUUCAGGCAGACAGUGUCACUCUUGAUGGUUCAUCUGGGCAGCACGUACAUCAGCAUAAUCCUGUUCUAAUGACAGCAGCAGUCCAGAGCAUGGAGGCUACCCAUGUUCAUACUCCUGUAGAGGAUUCAGGAGGUUGUACAGCUACAGUCCUGCAAUUUACAGACCCUGACUAUCUGAAUUCAUCUCUGAAACUGAACAGUGCUUUAGGGUCGGUUACUGGCUAUGCAGUUGAAAAUUCUGUCCCUCACGUGGUCUGUCCUGGUGAAGUGCAGACGAGUGAAGAUGCAGUUUUACUGAGUACAGUCACACAAACUAUUGAACAGUUCAGUGGAAGUGAAGAGUCUGUCAUUGCUAUUAUUAUGCCAGCUAAGAGUCCAGAAGAGCCUGAAAGAGUAAAUACUUCUUUUCUGCCUGUUAAGGAAGAGUUUAUUGACACAGAGGAGACAGAAGUGAUUGAAUAUGAUGGAAAUGAAAUACUGCAGACUGAGCAUUCAUACUGCAGACAAGACAUAGACAGAGAUCACCUUUGGCAAAAAAUUUCAAAACUCCACUCUAAGAUAACUUUACUUGAAAUGCAAGAGGUAAAAACUUUGGGGAGACUCAGGUCCUUGGAAGCUCUUAUUAGACAAUUGAAGCAAGAAAACCUGCUUUCUGAAGAAAAGGUUAAGUUGGUAGAAAACUACUUUACAACACUUGAAGUGACUAUGAUACAGUAAAGGCUUUCAGCUGAUGGUUGUCAAAUAUCUUUUUAACCUCUUUGACUGUACUUUUGGACAAAUUAACUUUUUUUCCAGUUGUGGUGUUUUAAACAUCUAAUGAAAAUCAUGUGAAUAGCAUUCUUUAAAAUGUAACAUCAAACAAAGUUAAGUGGUAGAAUGUUGUCUGUAAAACAUGACUGGCCAGUAAAAUUUUAAAAAACCCUGAACUGGGUGAAGUUUUCUUAAAUGUGUGAAUCAAGUCAGUAAAAGAUAAUUUAACCCUUUCUUAGCUGCAGGCUUCUCUGAAACAUGCAAUGCCUGCAUUGGGGACAGCAGUAGAAUGCACAGAAUAAGCAUAUGGGAUGAACAAUUAUAAAUGUACAUGUAUGCAUUGUCCAGUGAGGUCAAAAUUGCUCUUUAGUUUUCUGUUCAUCUAACAUUUGUUCUGCUAGUUUUUUGUACGCUUUGAUCUUAUUAAAAUUGUUUCUGCAUGAA